AUAUAUAUAUAUAUAUAUAUAUAGUUGAAAGAAAUGAAGAGAAAGAGAGAUCAGGCGGAGAUGGUGCCGUCGGAGAUAAGGGCCGCCAUCGACGAGCUGUUGCUUUUGGCGGCCGACGGCAAGAGUAACGGUGGCGGAGCCGCCGUGGCCGGCGGCGGUGAAGGUGGUUGUGACCAGAAAACUACUGUUCGUCAUUAUCUUCCUCUCAAGCCUUUCCUUGCUCUUUGCAAUUUGCUCGUUCAAGUUCUUGAUAAGAUAGGGCCAACAAUGGCUGUGCUGAGACAAGACAUUCAUAGCAACAUUCAGAGAUUGAAGAAGUUCCAUGAUUGUGACCCUUCAAUAUAUUGUGAUGUGGUUGAGAUUUUGAAGAAAGAGGCCAAUGAAGGCAAGGCCAAAAAGGGUCCUUCUUGCAGCAAAGCCUUUGUUUGGCUCACUAGAUCACUAGAUUUCACUUUGACUUUGUUACAAUUGCUCAUAAAGGAUUUCGAGAGAAAUUUGGAGCAAGCAGUCGAAGAAUCUUAUAACAUCGCUCUAAAACCUUGGCACGGUUGGAUUUCUUCAGCAGCAUACAAAGUGGCUCUCAAGCUUGUGCCUGAUAACAACACCUUCAUUAAGAUUCUCAAAUCCGAAAACGAAGAUGAUGAUGAUAAGCUCAAGGAGGACAUGGGAAGACUCGUCUCUCUACUUGCGCCCGUUUCAGAGCAAAACAGAGAGACUAUGGUGAAGAGCUUAUGGACUGGACAAGAUGAAAUGCACCUGAUGAUGGAUAUAAAAAUCUUCGAUACAAACGAAAAAUGUGAUUUUUUACGAUUUCAGUUUUGCUCGUUUAACGUGUUGUGUGCUUCGCUUUUGUACAGUGAAUAUAUGUAAAUAGUUUUUAACACCAAGAAGUACCAUACAUGCAUUUUUUUUUCUUUAUCUCGUAUGCCCGAACUUUAUGCAUUCGCGAAGAGUAACAUUUUACUGAAUAGCUUACAGAGUACUUAAAACUGUGAUCACAUUCACGAUUCGAAAACAUUUGCUGGUCGUCCGAGUAAAAAUCCGAUGAUAAAUAUACAUUUUUUUUUUAUUAUCCAGUGUUCCUUAAGAAAGGGCAGCUUGAAGAAGACAACUCAUCGUUCGUGGUUUUAACCUCACGAUCGGAAGUCGGACCCUUCACGAGAGCUCCUAAAAGUUCACCACGAUCGUAAAAGAACUCCACUUUCACAAUCUUCGAAUUCUCAUCCACCUAUACAACCACAUCAAUUGUACAAAAAAAACCAUUUAUUACCAAAUUACAUAGGCGAAAUUGCAUAUAAAGGCACCACCUUUAAGACUUUUACAAUUUAAUCACCAUCUUUCAUAUGUUUUUGCAAAUCUAAGCAUAAAUUUUAACUUCCGUUAGAUUGGAGCAGUAUAAACAGAAAGUCUAACGGAAAUAAAAUAUAUGAUUCGAUAUGCAAAACAUAUGAAAUGUGCUAAUUUAAACGCAAAUAACAAAAAGCGGUGAUUAAAUUGCAAAAACCUUAAAAGGUGGUG